AUGACGAACGAGAAAAGCUCUCUCAAGAACCAACGCGACGCGUACUUUCAAGCGCUCGAAAACGAUGAAAAGAUACUAAAGAAGAAUAAAAGAAAACAUGGUACUACGAAUACGAAAUCGGAGCAAAUGGAACGGAAAAAACAGCUCGAUUCGAAGCGGAAACUCGCGCUCGAAAAGCUGCAAAAGAAGAACAAAAGCGUGAUCAUUACGAAGCAUUCUCAACAACAAGACGUAACAGAGGACGAGAAAGAAGACCAAACGAUCACCGGGAUACCAGGGCCACCGACGGAUGAAAAACCGCUCACGAGAGAAGAAUUAAGAAAAUUUCGAUUCUUUCGAGUGUCCUUUCCUUUAGGCGUGAAAGCCGGAGAAACGAUACGAGCGCAGAUUCCAUUCGGACCGAUCGUUAGAGUGACAGUACCAAACGGGUUAGAAGAAGAAACAGAAAAAGAAAGGACGGUGGAGUUUUACGUGAAAAAUUGGGAAGGUAUGGAGGACGCGUACGUUCCGCCGCCGCCGCCGGGGAUGGAGAAACAGUAUCGCAAAGCGAAGGCGCACGCGGAGAAAAUGUUGGAACGAGGGAAAGAGGUGACGUGCGAAAUCGUCGGGGAGGAUAUGGGGGUGAAAGAGAGACGGAUUUUAAGUGGUGGGUAUUUUGGGGAAGAGGAGGACGAGGAGGAAGAGGAAGACGAGGGGAGAAGGAUACCGCCGCCGCCGCCUAUUUCGCAAUUCGUACCGCCGCCGCCGCCGCCGGUUGUCGUGAAUCCGAUGAUGCCGAUGGCGAUGGGCGCGAGAAUGAUGCAACAGCAAAUUCAACCGCCACCGCCACCACCGCCGCCGCCGCAUCCGUAA